AUGUCCAUGCCAUUCUUCACUCAACACCGUGUUCAGCUUUUACACAUAAAAGUUGGAGACAAAGCUGAAAUAAUUAAGAAAUUCACAUCAAAGGAUAUUGUUACCUUUUCUGAAUUAACCGGGGAUACUAACCCAAUACACUUGGAUGAAGAAUAUGCAAAGCAAUCAAGGUUUGGGAGAACAGUUGUACAUGGUGUUUUGAUCAAUGGACUUAUUUCAGCUGUCCUUGGUACGAAAAUGCCUGGCCCUGGCUGUAUCUUCCUUUCUCAGGAAAUUAAUUUUCCAUCUCCUUUAUAUGUUGGAGAAGAAGUCUUGGCUUCAGCAGAAGUGAAGAAAUUGAAGCGAUGUCUUGCUUAUAUUACAGUGUCAUGUACAGUUGUCCAAAGUGGCAAACUUGUCAUGGAGGGUAUUGUUAAAGUUGUAGUGCCUGAAGAUCACAAACCUGUGACCUGA